AGUGCUUCGCUUCCAGCUCAGGGGCCUGGCGGAGUAACAGCUCUUCGUCAUAGAGUCAGACGUGGGCUCAUAGAGAGAGAGAGAGAGAGAAAGAGAGAGAGAGAGAAAAUGUUUCUUCAUUUUUCCACCUCUGGAGGGAAAGGAAGAAAGAGAGGCGCCUAAAGGAGAAGCUUGUUGGCUUCUAAGAUGUCAAGAUCUCCGUAAGGACCUCUGUCAAGCUUACUCCACAGCCAAGGUGGAACAAGCCCAGCUCCUGAACCACUGGAAUUUCCAUCAUGUCCAUUAGGAUCUCCAUUUUGUUCCUUGUUAGCAUCAUCUUUGGUACGUGUCAAGGAGGGAAACUGCUUGCACCUGAAGAAGGGAAAGAAUGUCCAGUUAUGCAGCAGGAAGGCCUCCAGUUGGACCCAAGCAGUGACAACCAUGUAAAUAUAACUGGAUUUAAUCUUGUUAGAAGAUUUGGCCUCCUGAGGACCCCAGCCAUCAAGAAAAUUCGCAAUCCGAAAGGGCCUAUGAUCCUGCGGCUGGGUAGCACCCCUCUGGUCCGAUCUACACAACAGCUGUUCCCCCGGGGUCUGCCCGAUGAAUUCACCCUGGUGAUCACUUUACUCCUGAAGAAACAGACGACCAAAGAGAACUGGUAUCUUUUCCAAGUCACCGACCAUCAGGGAUACCCCCAGCUCUCCCUGGGAAUCAACAGCAAAGAACGAAGCCUGGAGUUCCAAGCCAAGGGCCAAGAUGAGGAAUUCAUCAAGGCGGUCUUUGCCGGCAAAGGAAUCUCUUCUCUUUUUGACUUGAAGUGGCAUAAGAUGGCCCUCAGCGUCCAAAACCAGGUGGUUUCGGUCCAUGUGGACUGCAGUUAUAUCUUAUCCAAACCGCUGCCACCCCGCCGGCAGUUGGUCAGCGAAGGAAACGCAUUUGUUGGACUGGAUGCUGUUCAAGGCGCUCCUGUCUCAUUUGACAUUCAGCAGCUGCACAUUUACUGUGACUCAGCCAUGGUGAUGCAGGAGGGAUGCUGCGAGAUCUCCGAUAAUGGGUGCUUUUCCGAAGCAUCUAAAACUCGUCGGGAUGUAGAAGUCCUACAGAGCAAUGACCUGAUAGAGAUCAACCCUCAGACCGAAGGCAAGGUCUAUACGCGUUGCUUCUGCUUGGAGGAAACUGAAGGAAAGCAGGAAGAGUUGAGGGUUUCUGGGAAGAUUGGUGACCAAGGGGAGAAGUGUCCCCCAUGUCCACAGAGAUUGCAACAUGCAAAUACCACACUGGGCUCUCCUGGCUUAAAGGGUGGAAAAGGUGAACGUGGACCUCCUGGGGCAUAUGGACCCAAAGGAGAGAGAGGUGACCGUGGUGCAGACUGUGUUCGGAUCUCACCUGAAGCUCCUCUACAGUGUGCCGAAGGACCAAGGGGAGAAAAAGGAGAGCGUGGAGAAAAGGGGCCCUCUGGAUUGACCGGAAGUGUUGGACACAAGGGUCAGAAAGGUGAGAAGGGAGACUUCGGCUUUCAAGGCAAACCUGGAACCCCAGGGCGUGACGGGCGGCCUGGAGAGAUUUGUGUAGUGGGACCCAAAGGCCAGAAGGGUGACCCGGGGUUUGUCGGACCUGAAGGGCUUGCUGGGGAACCAGGACUCCCAGGCCGGCCAGGGAUCCCAGGAUCUGGCCUUCCAGGAAAACCGGGUGAUCCAGGUGGCCUCCCUGGCCCCAGAGGAGAAAAGGGGAGUUCGGGACCACCAGGGCCCAGUGGCUCAACUGGAAAGCCAGGAAAACCAGGAGGUCCUGGCCUGAAGGGAGAAAAGGGGGAUCCGUGUGAAGUUUGUCCGACCGUCUCAGAAGAUUUAACCAACGUAGUCAGCAUCCCUGGGAAACCAGGACCCAAGGGGGAACCUGGGCCACCAGGGAAGCCAGGCAAAUCGGAUCAGCCUGGCCCUUCAGGACCCAAAGGCAACAGGGGUGCCACAGGAAACGCAGGUGAUCCUGGUCCAGCAGGCCCAGCCGGCGUGCCUGGCCUUGGGGGAGAGCCGGGAGUCAGAGGGCCAUCAGGGGCCAAAGGUGAAAAAGGUGAUGCUUGUGAAUCCUGCCCCACCUUCACUGGAGACGUGUCUGGCAUAUCUGGGAUUCCAGGGAAACCAGGUCCAAAAGGAGACCGUGGAUUUCCAGGUGUGGGACAGCCGGGCAAACCUGGUAAACCAGGACUUCCAGGAAUUCAGGGACCACCUGGUUUGAAAGGGCUGCAGGGGGAGCCAGGUCCCCCUGGGACAGGAAUCCAAGGCCCAGAGGGGGAAUCUGGAGAGACAGGCUUGCCUGGCAGCCCCGGACCCCCAGGGCCUCAGGGGCUACCAGGAAAAGUUGGGGGGAAAGGAGAAAAAGGAUCUCCAGGUCUUAAAGGUGCCACAGGGUCCCCCGGACCUCUAGGAACCAGCAUCACUGGCCCACCAGGGCGAGACGGUCAGCGGGGCCUUCCAGGAAUUCCUGGAUCCAAUGGUAUAAUGGGUGAAAAGGGAACCAGAGGUGAGAAGGGUGAUCCUGGGGAAUGCACCUGCACGCCCAGCUCUCGUGUGGAUUCAAGUAACAUCGGUCUGCCGGGAGCCCCAGGACUUUGGAUCGGGACUUCCUGGCAGCCUCAGCCAGGCCCACAGGGACCGCCAGGUGCUCCAGGACCACCUGGCCCGCCAGGAGUUCCUGGGAGGCAGGGCAUCCCAGGACACAAUGGCUUACCGGGACUGCCUGGGCCAGCGGGAAACUCGGGACCACUGGCAGCUGAGAGCAUAGAUGUCCUCAGGAACAUUUGUGGGGAUUGUGCUCACGUUCAACUCCUCCCAACCCCUGGUGGAACUAAAGGGGAAAAGGGAGACCAGGGCAUGCCAGGAGCCCCUGGCAUAGAGAACUGUGCACGGUGCUUUGCCCAGUUCCCCAGAGCAGAGGAGGCUCGGGGGGAAAGCGAGAAUGACCAAGAUUGUGCUGGAGCCCCUGGCAUCCCCGGGAUCCCAGGCAUACGCGGUGAAAGAGGGGAGCAGGGCCCACCUGGUUUGAGAGGCCUUCCUGGACCCCCCGGGCCCCCAGGUUUUCCUGGAACGCCUGGUGCACCUGGAUUACCUGGUAUCCAGGGCGAACGUGGACCAUCUGGGUUCCCUGGCUCCAAAGGAGAACCGGGACCUCCAGGACAGCCCGGAUAUCCUGGUGCAAUGGGCCCUCCUGGGCUACCCGGCGCCAAAGGGGAAAGAGGCUACACUGGUCCGGCAGGUGAAAAAGGAGAAUCGGGUCCUCCUGGUUUAGAUGGUCCUGUAGGUCCAAUUGGGCCAUUGGGUCCAAGGGGAGAGCGAGGACUUCCAGGCAGCGCGGGAGAGAAAGGCGAUCAGGGAUUUCAAGGCCAACCUGGUUUCCCAGGAGCACCUGGACCUCCCGGGUUCCCAGGAAAAGCAGGAUCACCUGGACCUCCUGGCCCCCCCGCAGAAAAGGGCAGUGAGGGGAUGCGUGGCUCACCUGGAAUGACUGGCCCUCCAGGGCCUCCGGGACCUCCUGGUUUACAAGGUCCACCUGGCUUGGAUGGACUGGAUGGGAAGGAUGGAAAGCCAGGAUUACGGGGUGACAUUGGACCCCCAGGACUCCAAGGAAGGAUGGGACUUCCGGGCUUCAAAGGGAAGACGGGCCAUCCUGGCCUUCCUGGUCAAAAGGGGGAUUGUGGCCAACCAGGACCCCCCGGGAAUCCUGGCCGGACCGGGGCUGAGGGAGAGGCAGGUCCAAUGGGGCCUCAAGGUAGACCGGGUCCUUCUGGCCAAGUUGGUCCUCCUGGAAGCCCUGGUCAACCGGGCCCAGCUGGACUUGCUGGGGUGGGGCUGAAAGGUGACAGGGGUACACCUGGAGAAAGAGGCCUCAGUGGGAUUCCAGGCCAGCCAGGGCCACCAGGCCACCCGGGACCUCCGGGUGAGCCAGGCUCAGAUGGACCAACGGGAAAAGAGGGUCCAUCUGGAAAACCAGGCAUCCCUGGACCAUCUGGACAGAAGGGUGAACCUGGAACUGCAGGGGAACGAGGAUACCCUGGAGAGAAAGGCAGGGAUGGAAUGCCUGGGGGGCCUGGGAAAAGUGGCUCCAUGGGCCCUGUUGGACCACGUGGCCCUGCUGGGGAGAGAGGACAUCCUGGCCUACCUGGUCCUUCAGGAAAUCCCGGUACCCCUGGAAUGCCUGGCUCAAUGGCCGAUGCUGUAAAUUAUGAUGAAGUCCGACGAUUCAUCAGACAGGAGCUGAACAAAAUGUUUGAUGAGCGGAUGGCAUAUUACACCUCCCGGCUACAGUUCCCAGUAGAAUUGGCUUCCCAGCCAGGAAGGCCAGGGCCACCUGGUAAGGAUGGAAUCACUGGGCGGCCAGGACCUCCGGGUGCCCCAGGAAUGCCUGGACAGAUUGGGAGAGAGGGGCGGCAAGGAGUGCCAGGAAUGAGAGGUGAACCAGGAGCCAAAGGAGAGAAAGGAGACAAAGGGAUUGGAAUGAUGGGAGAGACUGGGGUCCCCGGCCCUCCAGGGAUCCAGGGACCUCCAGGAUAUGGCAAGAUUGGUCUUCCGGGGCCAAUGGGCCAGCAGGGCAUUCCCGGCAUCCCAGGUCCUCCAGGAGUAUCGGGGCCUCCUGGAAAAGCAGGCCACUGCAACCCUUCCGAUUGUUUUGGCAUGAUGCCUAUGGAGCAGCCAAUGUAUCAACCCAAAAACAUGAAGGGGCCUUUAGGCUGAAGAGCCACUUGGGCAAGGUUUUUUUUUCCACCAAGGACUCCACUGGGAAUAGCCAAAGGUCUGGUCCUCAGGACUAGUUGGGAAUUCAGUUCUUUUUUUUUUCAUUGCUGUUAAUAUUUUGUCUCCCCCCGCCCUCCAGUGGGUUUUUAUCUUCUCAUGAUGGCAUUUUAAAAAGAAAAUAAGUGUGAUUGUUUGUGUGUGUCUCAUAUUCUAAAGAUAUUGUCAAUCUGUGGUCAGCAAAGCGUAUUUUCAAAUCGGGGAUUAGGCUCCCCCAGAUCUAGAAUGCUUUCCUGCCUCUUGUAUCUGUUACCAAGGGAUAAUUAUUCUUUUAGAAGAUUAAUAAUGAACUCCAAAUGGAUAAAUAGGGCCUGGACUAUGCAGUAUAUUAGAUUUGUCUUUUUGGUAGGUGUUCCCAGUUUCACUGGGACUCAUGCUGGAAAACUUUUUGAUAAAUCAUGCCCUUUGGCAUUAAUACCAGUGGCACCUGGAGAGCCUUGAGAAGUAGAGUGUGAGGGGGAAAGUUCUAAAAUGAAAGUAUCUUGCAUUUUUAAAAGCGUAGACCUUCAAAGUGUCCACUUAGGGAUUGUACCAGUGUUUAAUUGUCGGAGCUGACAGAGGCCCCUUCCACACAUGCAGAACAAUGCACAUUCAAUCCACUUUCACAAUUGUUUGAAAGUGGAUUUUGCUAUUCUGCACAGUAAAAUCGAGCUUCAAAGUGCAUUGGAAGUGCAUUAUUCUGCAUGUGCGGAAGGGGCCAGAGGGAUAUGGUUUUGAAGUGUUUUUUGUGCCUUAAACAUACCGUCUCCCUUAGAUAAAAUAGUAAGGCUCUUGUUCAAUCUGAACAGCAGCAGCAGCAGCAAAAUCAACCUUAGGAACAGGGGUUGGGGUUGGGAAAAGGAUCCAUGUAUGCAAGUGUCGGUAAGUUGCACCCAGCUUAUUGGCAAUCCCAGCAAGAAGCUUCCAACACGAGUGGGAAGCAGAGAUGGCUUGGUAUCGUCUUCCUCUGCAGAGCCUUCAUUGGUGGUCUCCCAUCCAUGGGGGAAAUGAACCUUUUUUAAUUUUAUUGGAAUCAGUGACUUCUGCGAUCUGCUGAGAUCAAGCCAUAUCUCGUGGCCCUCCUUCCUCAAGUCUCCUAUAUCAUGAUGCAUGUAAAUUUUUUCCAACCACGAAAACUUGAUUUUGGUUGUAUAAAACUUGAUGUAUGAUCAGUGGGUGGGGAAAAUGAACUUUUUUACUUUUUAUUGGAAUCAGUGACUUUUUUUGAGUAGUGGAGCAGUCCCUUCUUUGUUUCCAUCAAAUAUAUUUUUCAAAAUCAAAAAAUCUCAA